AUGGAAAAUCGUAAUAUAUUUCAUAAUAUUAUCGAUGCCAUUAUGUACCUUAUAAAAUGUAAUAUAGCCUUUUGGGGUUCUAAUUCGAAUGAAGGUAAUUUUAUGUGUCUCAUAAAAUUAAUGACGGUUCCAACUUUACGUGCAUACAUGGAUAACAACGAAAAAUUGCGGAGAAAAAAAUCAGAUAAAAUUUCGAGACCUUAUAUAAAUUUACUGUUAUAUGGCGACGUGAAAAAAAUAACUGAAAUUAUUAAGAUAAAAAUAACAAAAAGCAUUAUUCAAAAAAUUAAAGAGAAUCGUGCCUAUAGCAUCAUAUUAGAUGGAACAUAUGAUGUGUCUAAAAAAGAAUGCAUAGCUUUGCUUGUACGGUAUAUAGAAGAUGAUCUGCAUCCACAUCCUGUAGAAAGGAUCAUACAUGUUUUUACAACAUCAGAAACCAGUGGUGAAAAUAUAAAGAAACAUCUUUUUUCUAAGUUUAAUGAUCUUGGUCUUCCUCUUGAUUAUUUGGUUGGACAAUGUAUGGAUGGUGCAGGGAAUAUGAGAGGAGUAUACAAAGGAAUGCAGGCUUUAAUAUUGAAAGAUGCUCCAAAAGCCAUCUAUAUUUGA